CGUCGAAGUGAAAAUUUUUUUUGCUGACUGAGGCGCACGGCGCUCCGAUGGCCCAAGAAUCGACAGCUCUUCCGGCCAAUCAAAGCACAUUAAAUCACCGAUUAAGAUGAACCGACAUUUGCCAAUCAGAGAAAAGGAGGGGCAGAUGGCAGCGGUGGCAUCUGGGCUGUCGGCUGAAGCGGACGAGUUCGAGGACGCGCCUGAUGUGGAGCCGCUGGAGCCGACGCUGAGCAACAUUAUCGAGCAACGGAGCCUGAAGUGGAUUUUCGUGGGCGGGAAGGGCGGUGUAGGCAAAACCACUUGCAGUUGUAGCUUAGCUGUACAGCUCUCCAAGGUACGUGAGAGUGUCCUCAUCAUCUCUACUGAUCCUGCUCAUAACAUCUCAGAUGCGUUUGACCAGAAAUUUUCCAAGGUUCCCACCAAAGUAAAGGGUUAUGAUAAUCUUUUUGCCAUGGAGAUUGAUCCUAGCUUGGGUGUGGCUGAGCUUCCUGAUGAAUUUUUUGAGGAAGAUAAUAUGCUAAGUAUGGGCAAGAAGAUGAUGCAGGAGGCAAUGAGUGCCUUUCCUGGUAUCGAUGAAGCAAUGAGUUACGCUGAAGUGAUGAGGUUGGUGAAAGGAAUGAAUUUUUCCGUGGUGGUGUUCGACACAGCACCCACGGGACACACAUUACGGCUGCUCAAUUUCCCCACAAUCGUGGAGCGGGGACUAGGUCGACUGAUGCAAAUAAAGAACCAAAUCAGUCCCUUCAUAUCCCAGAUGUGUAACAUGCUUGGCCUAGGAGACAUGAAUGCUGACCAGCUGGCUUCCAAACUGGAAGAAACACUUCCUGUCAUCCGCUCUGUCAGUGAACAGUUCAAAGAUCCAGAACAAACCACUUUCAUCUGUGUUUGCAUUGCGGAGUUCCUAUCACUGUAUGAAACAGAACGGCUUAUCCAGGAGUUGGCCAAAUGCAAAAUUGACACCCAUAAUAUCAUAGUCAAUCAAUUGGUCUUUCCUGACCCUGACAAGCCUUGCAAGAUGUGUGAAGCUCGGCAUAAAAUCCAGUCUAAAUACCUUGACCAGAUGGAAGACCUUUAUGAAGACUUUCAUAUUGUAAAGUUGCCACUUUUACCCCAUGAAGUGCGAGGAGCUGAUAAAGUCAAUACCUUUUCAAGUCUUCUACUGGAGCCCUAUAAACCACCCAGUGCAAAAUGAACCCUAUGGACUGACUCCCCCUAUUGCCCCCUCUACCAUUCCAUGCCUGCUCUUCCUUAUUCUUUUCCUGAUGGAAUUCCAUCUUUUCCAUUGACUUCUCAUCUGUUGAAAUCGUACGACUGACAGUUUUGUGUGAAGCUAGAAGAAGCAGAAUUGGCACUCUCGCGUAACUUCUGUUCUAAUACACUGAUUAUGUAACUCCUUGGGACACCUCAAAGUCAACUACAAUGUUGAAUCCAUUCCCUUCCUGGACCAACUAUCUAAGUUAAAUGUUUGUCAGUUUUUUGUUUAUUUCUCUGUCACUUGGUUUCUCUUUGGAUCAUGUCUCCUGGGAUUAAUGAUAUUCUGAUUGAGUGCCAGUCAGGUGCUAUGAUGAUGAUACAGAAGCUGUCAGUUCAUUUACAACAUCAGGGUCAUCAGUGCUGAUGGGAAGUUUGUAAAUAAAUUGUAAGGGAAAUAAUUUCAAUGCUUUUUGUCACUCAAAUUGUCUGAUUUUCAUUGGGUAGUGUCAGAAGAACUGGAGACAAAACAUGGAAGUUAUUUGAGGGGGAUACUUGCUUUAGGGGAGUAUAAAGCCACUGAGCUUAAAUUAUUUGUUUCCUUAAGGUUAACAGAAGUAUUAACAAUGAGGUGGCUUUAUUGGCUUUCUGAUGCUGGAAAUCAUAAGUGUGGAAAAUGGUUUUAAAAAUGGGGAAGGGAAUAGAGAGGUUUGGAGUUUAACAAAUUAUAGGUGUUUAAAAUAUUUGGGUAUAUGUACAGGUCAUUUUCUAGUCCCCAGUUCCCUCACACAAAGAAAACUCUUGGUAUUAAAAUGUCAUUGUAUGCACUAUUUAUGAAGUUUAUAUUGUUUGUGUGCUGGAAUAUAAAAGGAAAGUGUAAAUUGGAACAAAGCAGUUAAUGAUAGAGCUGGACUUAUAAUUGAGCUCUUCCAGAGUUCAAAAGUGUUCUAAUAUUGUAUUUAUGGAGUAAUUUCAUUCUAAGAAAAUUAGAAGGGAAAUUACCACGUCACUUUUGAAUCUUUCACUGGGUACAAUGUAAAACUGGGAUGGGGGAGGGCUAGAUAUUAGUAGUUCAUGGCUUUAAUCGGCUAUUUUAAUACUUUGAAAGCAUAUCCCUUCACUUGGACAUUAGGGAUAUGGUCUUGAUGACUGAUGAUGAGUUGCCAGUAUAGAUAGUCCUCAACUUACAACAAUGCAUUUAGUGACCAUUCGAAGUUACAAUGGCACUGAUAAGUGACAUGACCUUUUCUCAGACGUAUGACCAUUGCAACAUCUCCAUUGUCAUGUGAUUUACAUUUGGAUGCUUGACAAUUGGUUCAUAUUUAUGACAGUUGCAGUGUCCCCAGGUCAUGUGAUCAUGUUUGCAACUUUCUGACAAAAUCAAUGGGGAAGCAAGAUUCAUUUAAAAGCCAUGUUACUAAUUUAACAACUGCAGUGAUUCACUUAACAAAUGCGGCAAGAAAAGUUAUAAAAUGGGGCAAAACUCUCUUAACAAAUUUCUGAAUUAGCAACAUAAAUUCUGGGCUCAAUUGUAGUCAUAAGUUGAGGACUACCUGUACUUUGCAACUCUGAAUCCUACGGAAAUUUCCUUUUGUAAAAUAAAGUAGGUUCUUUUGAAGACUUCAUUUGUAGACAAAGGAGCCAGUGUGUUUGCUCCCACAGUAUGCUGCUUUUCAAAAGACAUGGAAUUUACGAACUUAGAUCAGAUCUUUAAGUAUGUGGUAUUUUCUUUGAUAAUAGGCUUCAUCUUUUGAAAGCAAGGAAUUGUGGAAUCUUUUUCUGGCUUUUUAAAGAAGAAUGGGUGAAUUAAUGUGAAAAUGCGUGUGGCAAAAGUCUGAAUUUUCUCAUUGAAAAAGACUACAUCCUCUUCUCUUUCUGUGGCAGAAACAAAUGUGACAGUACUUUUAUUUUUAAGUUGCAGGCUUUAAAUGUAUAUAAAACGCGGUACAACAAAUGGACGGAUAAGUAGUACUUCAGGAGAAGAUAUCUGUAGAAUAACAAUACUAACUUCAGUUAAUAGAUAGAGACAGGUCAAACUACUGUAAUUUUGAAAGCCUUCCUAAUAAAUCUUUCUUUUCUCUCUCCUUUAA